GGAUGACAAGAAGAACAUCAAGUGGCAAAAGGCAAAAAGCUCUAAGAAAAAAAAUGUUGAAGCCAUGUCUUCUCUCCUGCUUCCUCUUCUUCUUCUUCUUCUUCUUCUUCUUCAUACCAAAACUAUCUUUCUCUUGUCCACAAGAUCAAAGACAAUCCCUUCUCGAGUUCAAGAACUUGCUGAUUCACAUCAAGGACAACUCCACAGCCUUCAAAGGUUUAGGGACAUGGAGGCCAAACUCAGAUUGCUGCAAAUGGCUACGCGUGAGAUGUAACGCUAGUUCGCCUUCCAAAGAAGUGAUAGACCUGAAUCUAAGCUAUCUAAUCCUCUCUGGCUCAGUUAGUUCAAGCAUUUUGAGACCGGUUCUGCGUAUAAACUCUCUCGUUUCGCUUGAUGUCUCGUUUAAUUCCAUACAAGGAGAGAUUCCUAGAGAUGCGUUUGUGAACUUGACCAGGAUGAUCUCUCUUAACAUGACUUUUAAUCUCUUUAACGGCUCUAUCCCUCCUGAAUUGUUUACUUUGAAGACUCUUCAGUAUCUUGACUUAAGCGUGAGUAAGUUAGGAGGAGAGCUUCCUGGAGAAGCGUUUGUGAACUUGACGAGGUUGAUCUCUCUUAACAUGAGUUAUAAUUACUUGAACGGCUCUAUCCCUUCUACAUUGUUAUCUUUGAAGACUCUUCAGCAUCUCGACUUAAGCGUGAAUUAUUUUGGAGGAGAGAUUCCUGGAGAUGCGUUUGUGAACUUGACCAGCUUGAUCUCUCUUGGCAUGAGUUAUAAUAGCUUUAACGGCUCAAUUCCUCCUACAUUGUUCCCUUUGAAGACUCUUCAGCAUCUCGACUUAGGAAUGAAUAAUUUUGGAGGAGAGAUUCCUGGAGAUGCGUUUGUGAACUUGACCAACUUGGUCUUUCUUGACAUGAGUUAUAAUAACUUUAACGGCUCAAUUCCUCAUGAAUUGUUCUCCUUGAAGAAUCUCCAGCGUCUUGACUUAAGCAUGAAUGUUAUUGGCGGUACGUUGAGUGGUGACAUCAAAGAGCUCAAGAAUCUGCAGGAACUGAUCUUAGAUAAGAAUCUCCUUGUAGGAGAGAUUCCUCCAGAAAUAGGUUGUCUUGUCGAAUUACGGACGCUGACAUUGAGGCAUAACAUGUUCAAUGGUUCUAUACCGUCGUCUGUAUCAAGGUUAACGAAGCUCAAAAUGUUUGAUCUUCAGAACAAUUCCUUGUCUUCUAAGAUUCCAGACGAUAUUGGAAACUUAGUCAAUCUAUCAACUCUGUCUUUGAGCAUGAACAAGUUGUCGGGUGGUAUUCCAUCGUCGAUUCAUAAUCUGAAAAAUCUUGAAACCCUUCAGCUUGAGAAUAACAAUGGCUUCUCAGGUGAGAUUCCCACAGGGUUGUUUGGUCUUCAGAAGUUGAAGAUACUGCGGCUUGAAGGAAACAAACUCCAAUGGAACAACAAUGGUUAUGUCUUUCCACAGUUUAAGUUAACUGAUCUGUCACUUAGAUCUUGUGGCUUAGAAGGGAAUAUUCCGGAUUGGCUCAAGAAUCAAACAACUCUUGUUUACUUGGAUUUGAGCAUUAACAGACUCGAAGGAAGUUUCCCAAAAUGGCUAGCUGAUCUGAAAGUCGGAAUCAUGAUUUUGUCUGACAACAGACUCGCAGGCUCACUGCCUCCAACUUUGUUUCAGAGUUCGAGCUUAGACUAUCUUGUACUAUCAAGGAACAACUUUUCUGGUGAGAUCCCUGAUACGAUUGGCGAAUCACUGGUCAUGGUACUCAUGCUGUCUGAAAACAACUUCUCAGGAUCAGUACCAAAGUCUAUUACAAAGAUCCCCUUUCUCCUGUUGUUGGACUUGUCAAAGAAUAGAUUAUCAGGUGAAUUCCCGAGGUUCCUCCCCGAGUCAUACCUUGUGUGGCUCGAUAUAUCUUCCAACGAUUUCUCUGGGGAUGUUCCAGCUUACUUUGGGGUAUACACCAGUAUGCUUUUAAUGAGUCAGAACAAUUUCAGCGGGGACUUUCCUCAGAUCUUCAGAAAUCUCUCUAGUCUGAUCCGUCUUGAUCUCCAUAACAACAAAAUCUCUGGAGAAUUCGCGAGUUUAACCGACCGGUUAUCUUCUUCUCUAGAGGUUCUUAGCCUGAGAAACAAUUCCCUCAAAGGUUCAAUCCCAGAAGGCAUAUCAAAGCUCACAAGCCUUAAGGUCUUGGAUCUCUCCGAGAACAAUCUUGAUGGAUAUCUCCCUUCAUCUCUUGGGAAUCUUACAUGCAUGAUAAAAUCUCCUGAGAGCUCAUCUUCAGCUACGCUACCCAUAACCACCGGCAAGCAUGACAUAGAAAGAUUAAUCGACAUCAAAUCACAAGAUUUAUUUAGUCUUGUAGUGAACUGGAAGAAUUCAAAACAAGUUCUUUUCGACAGAAACUUCUACCUCUACACUCUCUUAGAUCUCUCCAAGAACAAGCUACACGGAGAAAUCCCAACUUCUUUAGGCAAUCUCAAAAGCCUAAAGGUUUUAAACCUUUCCAACAACGAGUUCUCUAGAUUGAUCCCACAAAGUUUUGGAGAUCUUGAGAGGGUAGAGAGCUUAGACCUUUCACACAACAACCUCACAGGCGAAAUCCCGAAAACGUUAUCCAAGCUAAGCGAGCUGAAUACUUUGGAUUUGAGUAACAACAAGCUUACAGGUAGAAUCCCUGAAAGUCCUCAACUAGACAGAUUGAACAAUCCAAACAUUUACGCGAACAACAGCGGAAUCUGUGGAAUGCAAAUCCAAGUACCAUGCUCUCCUACACAGACCAAGCAGCCAGCUGAGGAAAAAGAAGAAGAAGACAAAGAAGAGGAAACAAUGUUUUCAUGGAAAGCUGCAAUCAUAGGUUGUUCUUGUGGAUUCCUUAUAGCAGUUGUAUUCAUGUCAUACAAUGGUAUAUGGAAGUAACAAUCCCAAAAUGUACUCAUAAAAUAAUUUUAAAUAA